AUGUUUAAAGCAAAUUAUGAUGGUGCGGUGUUCGCCGAGUCGGAGGAAGCAGGGAUAGGAGUUAUAGUUAGAGAUAGUAAGGGGGAGGUGAUUGCUGCCUUAGCUGAAAAAAUACCUUAUCCGGGUUCAGUGGAGGUGCUGGAAGCUCUAGCUGCAAGAAGAGCAGCAAAAUUUGUUGUGGAAUUGGGAUUAUCGGCUGCUGAAAUUGAAGGUGAUUCUGAGGUAGUUUGGAGGGCUUUGAAGGCAGCGGACGGGGCUCAUUCAGCUUGGGGGGUGAUUAUCAAAGACACAAUGUCUAUUGUAGGUUCUCUAAGAACCUUUUCUUUCUCUCAUACUAGGCGGCAGGGUAGUUGUGCGGCCCAUGCUUUAGCUAAGAGAGCAAUUGUUUCUUUUCCGUUAUUAGUCUGGAUGGAGUAUGUUCCAACAGAUAUUAGUCACGUUGUAAUUUCUGAUUUUCCAGCAUCUUAA